UCAUAGCCGAUAGCACGCUCCUUGGGGACCGCCCAAACUUAUCACGUGAAACUUAAUACGCGAAUACUCGAGUGUUUUACGAUGCUUAUGACAUAAACAUCCCUUAACUUUAACUAUAUGAAGUUCCAAGCUACUUUUUCAGCUAGUUCCUGUUAUAUACGGUAAUAUAUGGAGGAGUCAGCCUUUUAGAGGCGUUACAACAUGAAUAGCAUUCAAUCUUCGAUUUACUUGAUUGGUAUAUUAAUGCUGAGUCUCGAUUCCAAAUUAGCAGGGGAGGCAUUUCAGCCUGAAUUUGCAGAACCCAUUGGCAAUUUAACAGUACCAAUAGGAAGAGAUGCUACUUUUCGAUGUCUUGUGCAAAACUUAGGUGGAUAUAGAGUAGGUUGGGUAAAAGCGGACACAAAGGCAAUACAAGCGAUUCAUGUCCACGUGAUCACCAACAACCAUAGAGUAGGAGUGUCCCACAACGGACAAACCGUAUGGAAUUUGCACAUUAGAAACGUCCAGGAGGACGACCGCGGUCAAUACAUGUGCCAGAUCAAUACCGACCCCAUGAAAAGCCAGAUGGGUUACUUGGAAGUAGUGGUUCCACCGGAUUUUAUAGCAGAGGAGACGUCUGGAGACAUAAUGGUACCUGAAGGUGGAACAGCUAAGCUAUCUUGCAGGGCCCGGGGACAACCUGCACCUCGCGUCAUGUGGAGAAGAGAAGAUGGUUCCGAUGUAGUCAUUCGUCACACAAAUGGUAGUAAAAGCAAAGUACCUGUGUAUGAAGAUGAAGUUCUCACACUCAAUAAAAUUUCACGGUCUGAUAUGGGGGCAUAUCUCUGCAUCGCAAGCAAUGGCGUGCCUCCGUCUGUGAGCAAGAGAAUUGUCGUGAAAGUUCAUUUUCACCCGGUUAUCCAAGUGCCAAACCAACUGGUAGGAGCGCCCCUCGGCACUGACGUCACACUCGAAUGCUACGUAGAGUCUUCUCCGAAGUCCAUCAACUAUUGGGUUAGAGAAACAAAUGAAAUGGUGAUACAAUCAAGCAAGUACGAAGUGGUGAACACAAUGCUCAGUUCAUUCGAGAGUCGCAUGUCGCUGGUGGUUCGGCGGCUGACAGACGCAGACAUUGGCGGGUAUCGAUGCAUCGCCAAGAACUCGCUUGGCGAAGUCGAUGGCAGCAUACGUAUCUAUGGAAUAACACGACCACUUAUUAAAAAUACCAGCCCAUCGAGCAGAAACGAGGACUUUUCGUCACCUAUGGAAGGACCUGAUAACCAAUUCGGUUCUGCGGAGAGCUCUGAUGAUGAAGACGAUCCCGAAUCGGCCACGGAAUUUUCAGAUAAAAUACAGAUUACAACCCAUAACUCCUUCUCCAAGAAUAAAACCUUCUAUUCAACAAACAAUUUAGAAAAACAAAAUGUCAGUAAUAAAGUUCGAAAAGUAAUUGCUAAUUUAGAAGCAGUCAACAAUGCUUGUCAUGCAGCAGUUAACAUGAAACCGAUCACUUAUUGUUUAUUUUUGUGUUACUAUAUUAUUUCUGAAGUAAGUUUAUAUUAAAAUUAAAUUAUUAUUAUUUCUUAUAUUAUGUACCUAAUAGAAAAUACUAAGAUGUGUUCCGUUUUAUACGCUUUAAAUAUAAAGACGAUAUAGCAAUUAAAAGUUUUUCUUUUGAAAUCAUAACUAGAUAAACAAGAUACAACUUUAUGGGUUCAAAUUGUUUCAAAAACAGUGAACGUUACAAUUACAAAAUGUUAAUAACAUAGUCUUAUAGUAAUUUACAACAAAGUAUAAAUUAGUUAUACUUGAAUAUACAACAUAGAUAAAUAAACAAAUUAAAAACAUAUAAUCAAUAAUCAUAUUACGUUGUUAAAAAGUAAUCUAUUGUUGUUAAGAAAAGACAAACUUUAAAAGAAGGAUUUAUCGGAAUGUCUUGACAUACGUCGACACAUUCUGUUUCAGCAACAAAUAUUUGCCGUGUAUUUGCCACUUCGCCAAUAAAGUAGAGAAAACAUCAAAUAAAUACUUUGCAGAUCUGAAAAAUACCAAAAAUCUAUAAAGUUAAUCACGUGUUAUAAACAGAAUCAACAUAGUUAGUAAAUCGAGCAUGUUAUUAUAUUUACUCCAUAAUAUUCGAAUAUAUAAUAUUUAUUAUUUAUCUAAAUGUAAUAAAAUAUUUAUAUCGAUGUUAAAUAUUAGUGUAAAUGUAAAUAUGUUUGAUACCAUACAUAAUUCUGUGAUAUAAGUUUACUGUGUCAACAAUGUUUUAUUUAUUUAGAUUAUUUAGUGAAAAUAUUCCACAAAUACGAGGCUUCACUGAGAAAUGAUUUAGUUUUUUGGUAAAUAAACCAUAAAUGUGAUAAAGGAUAAUGUAAUUAUAUUAAUUGUUAUUAUAAAAUACUUUUUAUUGUAAAUAUAUAUCUAGUUUAAUUUACUACAUGUUUAAGGCCAUUUAAGAUUAUGAUUUAAAAGUUUAUAACAUGUUUAUAACAUUGUUGAUGACUUCAUUUAGG